AUGAAGUGCUCGGCCACGGUGCUCGGCCGCCGGCAUAACCUGCCUCGCCACCAGUUGUUCUCAUGGUGGUUCUUUGCCACACUUCUAAGUUGCAGCGGCCAAGAAAGCCCACUGGCAAAAUGCUUCAAGGAUCCAGAUUAUGACCAAUGCCUAGAUAUAGCCAGGAAUGGGCUGAAGAAACCAACACAGCGGAAACAUGUGCUGAUUGUGGGCGCAGGGAUGGCGGGACUCAGCGCAGCCUAUGUACUCGCAGAGGCAGGGCAUAAGGUAACAGUUCUUGAAGCCAGCAAGAAUGUGGGAGGAAGAGCUCAGACCUAUAGAAAUCGCAAGGAAGGCUGGUAUGCAAAUCUGGGGCCUAUGCGUUUGGCUAAGGAGAACAAAAUUGUCCAUGAAUAUGUAAAGAAAUUUGGCCUGAAGCUGUCCAAAUUCGUUCAGAAUGAACCAAAUACCUGGUAUUUUGUUAACAACAUCCGAAAGAGAGCCCGGGAAGUCAAAGAGAAGCCCAGCAUCUUGGGAUAUCAUCUGAAGCCCGAAGAAGAAGGCAAAUCUGUUACGAAGUUAUUUCAUGAUGCCCUCAAAAAGGUUAUAGAAGAUGUACAGAGGACGAACUGCAGUUACUUGCUUCAAAACUAUGACUCCUAUUCAACCAAGCAAUAUUUAGUCGAGGUAGCAAACAUGAGCCGUGGCGCUGUCCAGAUGAUUGGGGACUUGCUAAACCAUGGUGCUGGCUAUUACCAGUCCUUCAUUGAGAGCUUGAAAGGGCAAGUCUUCUCUUUCUCAAAGGGCCAUGAUGAACUACUAGGAGGCAUUGAUCUACUGCCAAGAGCCAUUUACAAAACCAUUUCAGAUCGGGUGCUCUUGAAUGCCAGAGUGGUCAGGAUUAAACAAAGGAAAGGUGCUGUUACUGCAUUUUAUAAAACACUUGACCAAUCAUUGUCAAGUGUGACAGCUGACUACGCCAUUCUUACCCCUACAACAAGGGCCACCAGACGCAUCUAUUUUGAACCGCCCCUCUCAGCUAGCAAAUGGGAUGCCUUGCGAUCCGUCUACUACAGGAGCGCCACCAAGGUCUUCCUUGGUUGCUCCAAGAAGUUCUGGGAAGCUGAUGGCAUUCACGGUGGGUCGUCCGUCACCGAUCGUCCAUCCCGAUUCAUCACCUACAUGGCCACUAAUUUCUCCAGUGGCUUUGGGGUUCUCUUGGCUUCCUACGUCAUAAGCGAUGAUUCCACUUUUUUCCUGUCUCUCAGCCAAGAAGACAUCAUUAACAUCGUCCUGGAUGACCUGUCAGUCAUCCAUCAGAUGCCUAAAGAAGAGAUACGACGUAUCUGUAGGUCCUCAGUGAUUAAACGAUGGGACCUGGAUGAGUACGCCAUGUGUGGCUACACUCGGUUCACUCCCUACCAGUUUACGGAAUAUGUUCAACCUCUUCAGCAGCCAGAAGGUAGACUCUAUUUCGCUGGGGAGCACACAACGGUGCUCCAUGGUUGGAUCGAUAGCGCAAUGGCGACAGGAAUGCGAGCGGCAAGAGCGAUCAAUCUCUUGUGAGGGAAGCAUUCCCAGAUCAAACCAACUGAAAAGAAAAGAACUAUAUUGUGA